GAAACAUCACGGCAGCGAUCGGCUUUUCUGCCCACAAGCUGUGGAAGGGCGGUGGAACGCGCUCCACCCUCCCCUUGUGUAACACUCCCCACGCAGCAGCUGGUCUCUCUCCGGCUGCUGUGUUGUCCAUGGGCCAUCCCCCUGGCCCAGGGACUGUCCCUUGCAUCUCCACCAGGACGCUGCUCUUUGGUGAGGGAGGAGUUGAAGAGAAAAGCUGUGGGCACAGCUACUCCAUGUGCCACUGAUAUGGAGGAUCCUGAUUGCAAGGUGCUUUCAUGAAGUUGGGGAAAAUCCCCUGAAGCCCUACCAGGGCCUCAAUUACCACUACAAGCGCAGAGAUGUUUCUGACUUGGAAGAAAUGUGGCAUUAGGUGCAGCAUGUCUGCAAACAGAUCAUGUGAGAUGUAUCGUUCGGAAAAUGUACCCAGGGAGCCGAGUAUUUUAUUUUGUGAUUUGGGGCAGAGCUCUCCUCAGCUCUAAACUCCUGCACCCACCAGUGGCACCCUUGAGAAGGUUUAAGUAGCCCUCUCAUAAUGUUGCCUCCGCUCCCAGAGGAGGGCUGAUAAACUUUUCUUUGCAAACGGCUUUAUCUGGACCUGAGACCUUUGUUUUGCACAGGCAAAUGGUUACAGCACAUACCCCUCCCACUGCAGAUACCCCUUCAGGGCGCUGGGUUCUCUUGUGAAUACCCUCCCCAGCAUGCCAACCUGGCAGGCAGAAGGGUGGAGGGACACCCAAACCUUUAAAACACUUUGUGCCAAUUUGUAAGAAAGCAACAAGGACAAUUGUUAUGAAAUCUUUGCCAGCUGGGAAAGAUCUUCACCAAGAACUCUAGUAAUUUCCAGUCAUGUGGAAAAAAACUUCCUUUAUUUGCAACUGUUUUAAACUGACUCCAUAAUCUGAUCACUUGUCCGAUGGGAGACUGUGGAGCCCUGUUUCUGAUCCUGGACACAGCAGCAUAAACAAGGCAUGAUUUGAUCAAAGUCACUGGAGCAGCAGAGGGGGAUGCACGGCAUGACUGUGAGGAACAUCUGGCUUGAUGCAGUAAUAAAAUCUGAACAGAGUGGAUUUCAAGCAUCUCCCAUUUCCAGCUAUUUUAGUCUACGAGAAGAUAGGCAAUAUCUGUAGAGAUAUUCCUGAAAUAUCUGAAAGAAAUAAAGCCACAAUGCCUUGUGAGAGACCCUACUAAGAAUGGCACUGUACACAGACUUUGGAGCAGCAGAGCCCAGAACAUCUUACAGCAAAGCACCUAGCUAAAUCCCGGGUCUGAUCAUUCCUCCUCACUCAGGAACAGAUGACUUCAGACAAAUUAACUGUGUUAAUAUGAAAAACUUCUUGGUGACAGGUGUUCAACACUGAGAUUAUUUAAAAUGCCAACUAAGUUUUUUUUUUUUCAUGUGUCACCAGUUUGCAUUGCCAAGUAUCUCGUCACAAGAAAGCAUUAAAAUUCAUGCAGAAAACCCCUAACAUUUUUGGCAGGGCAUUGCAACACUGGAAGAGAGAAAUUUUGGAGGAAUGGAGACAAACACACAGCUGGGCGCUGAAAAACUUCUCCAGCCACUCGCUGUGCCCAUCCCAGAUUAUUUAUUCGCGGAAUUCCCGAAGGCAAGAGGGUGCCGGGCUGAACAAGCUGGAGGAGGCAGCAAAUGCAGCUCACACCUUCUUCAUGGCAAACCCCGAGCACAUGGAGAUACAGCAGGACCUCGAGAACUACAAGACCACGUCAGGGAAGGUCAGCUUGAUUGACCGAGAGGCCAGGCAGCACAUGGAGGACUACAGUGCUGGAGUGAGGCACUACGACAAGGAGGAGUACGAGCUGGCCAUUGAAUUCUUGGAGCGUGCCUUGAAAGGAUAUUACUCUGAGGAUGAGGAUUGCCAGAUCAUGUGCGAGGGACCGCAGAGAUUUGAGGAGCACGAGUACUUGGAUUACAAGGCUGGUCUCUACGAAGCUAUUGCAGAUCACUACAUGCAGGUCCUGGCCUGCAAACACGACUGUGUCCGCGAGCUCGCCACGCGCUCGGGCCGGAUCUCGCCCAUCGAAAACUUCCUUCCCCUCCAUUACGACUACUUGCAGUUUGCCUAUUACAGAGUUGGUGACUACGUGAAAGCCCUGGAGUGUGCCAAGUCCUACCUGCUCUUCCACCCGGAUGAUGAAGAUGUCCUGGAGAAUGCAGGUUAUUACGAGGGUCUCUUGGAAGGGACAGUGGAUCCAGCCACCAUCAAACCCAGAAAGGAAGCCAGGACGCUGCUGCGGCGCCACAAGCUGGAGUCUCACCUGUUGCAGGUGGCUGCGGCCGGCCUGGGAUACGCCUACACGGAGCCGAACUACUGGAACAGGUACGGCGUCCGCCAGGACGAGCACAGUGUCCCAUCAAGUAUCAGCAGUGAGCCAGAGGAUGGGCCCCGGCUGUCCCUGACAAAGAAACCCAUGCCAAAGCCAGAUCGAGAGCUGAAGGAGGGGGGCCCUCUUCUCUACAGCGAUGUGAAGUUUGUCUACAACUCUCAGCAGCUGAAUGGCACCCAGCGAGUGCUGCUGGAUAACGUCAUCUCGGAGGAGCAGUGCCGGGAGCUGCACAGGGUGGCCAGAGGGAUCAUGUUGGCUGGAGAUGGUUACAGGGGCAAAACAUCCCCCCACACCCCAAACGAGAGAUUUGAAGGAGCCACUGUCCUUAAAGCCCUCAAGUAUGGCUACGAGGGCCGUGUCCCGCUGAAGAGCGCCCGGCUGUUCUACGACAUCAGCGAGAAGGCUCGCAGGAUCGUCGAGUCCUACUUCCUGCUCAACUCCACGCUCUACUUCUCCUACACACACCUGGUGUGCCGCACCGCCCUGUCCGGCCAGCAGGAGCGAAGGAAUGAUCUGAGCCAUCCCAUCCAUGCUGACAACUGCCUCUUGGACCCUGAGGCCAACGAGUGCUGGAAGGAACCUCCUGCUUACACCUUUCGGGAUUACAGUGCCCUCCUGUACAUGAAUGCGGAUUUUGAAGGUGGCGAGUUCAUUUUCACCGAGAUGGACGCCAAAACCGUGACAGCCUCCAUCAAGCCCAAGUGCGGGAGAAUGAUCAGCUUCUCGUCGGGCGGCGAGAACCCCCACGGGGUGAAGGCGGUCACCAAAGGCCAGCGGUGCGCUGUGGCGCUCUGGUUCACCCUGGACCCUCUGUACAGAGAGCUGGAACGAAUCCAGGCAGAUGAAGUGGUUGCGAUGUUGGACCAGGAGCAUCUAGGACCCAGUGAAAUGAACAUCAACCCAAAGGAUGAGCUAUGAACUAGGCCAAAGACUUUUUCUAUUAAAUAUUUAUUUAAUAUUGUUAAUCUUAUUAGAACCCUUCUAUUUUUGUACAGAGAUGCUGUAUAAAUUAAUAGGUUAUAUGAUUGUGGAGUUUCAGGAGUGCCUCUUCUGUGUUUAGCACAGCUUUUGCUGGAACCCUCAUCCCUGUGCCAGCAUCUCCUGGUGGAGCUGACUCUGCUUCCAGCAUCCCCUGUUUUUCUCUAGCACUUCUCAGGACUCAUUCAGGACCACUCUACCCACUUGGAGAACCUAUAUUUUUUUGCUUUCUCAACCAAAAAUAGCUGCCUCUCUGUAGCACCUACUGGAGAAGUUCUCAGGUGUCCUAAUGCACCAGUCUUCCCUCUCCUGCUACCUUCUAGGGGAAACUGGAGCACAAAAACUGGAGUUUCAACUGUCCCUCACCAUUUGAAAUAUGCCUUUUGGGGAAAAAAAAAAAAAAAAGAAAAAAAAGAAAAAGAAAACCCAAGUCCUAGCAAAAUGGAGAUACCUCUGUAGCCAUGCAAAGCUGGUGUUUGGACAUUAAUUCUGAGCGGAGCUUCUGGAAAUCAGCUGCUGAGCAAGGGCAUGAGCUGUGCACAGGCAUGGAGGGAUGUGAUUUGCAGCUGACUGUGGUGAAAUAAGGUCUGUUACUCAUGUUCAGUCCCUUCUUUUGCUAGUGCCCUGGGAACAUGAAGGAUGCUCUUUCACACUGCAUCCUUUGAGCUUCCAGCCCAGUCUGCUGCUGGUAGAACCCGAAGUUCGUAGUCGUAAUUUCCAGGUCUUUGUUGGAAAGCAGCUUAGGAAGUUACAGUGCCGUGGUGUCAGAAUGCAGCUCUGCACCCUGGGUGUCCUGGCUGCAUCCUCCCAUCCUGGCAGUGCAGAAGCAGCAGAUGUUCAUGGUGUGGUAGUAUCUAUUUGCUCAGAGUAGUUCUGACCCAGCCUGAGGAUGUUGCAGUGAAAGUAGUCAAGUAACUGCUGCUAAGCCAGUAAUUCAUUCUUCCCCAAACAUUAAAUAUAGUUCUGUGUGUGGGAUCAGAGCAGCCCCUGUCUCAGUCAGAACAGGCACUGAGUCACAGAAUUACUGUCCCAGACAUAAGGACAGCUUUUACUUUGACCCAACAGCUGCUUCUGCUGCUGGAACGCAGUUCCUAAAAGUCAGGUUUUAGCAAUCUUCACUGUUGAAAUCACUGCAAGGCUGCAAUCUAUCCAGAGAACACUGCAGGGACCUUUGCUAGAGUUCACAUCCUUGAGCUGCUUUGCUCAACUCCCUGCUGUAUUGGCUCUUUUAUCAGUCUUUUCUACUCCUCUCUGCCAGUUUUGGCAUUCCCAGUACUUAAAAUCUGCAAUAGAGAAUUGUCUUUUCUCUUUGCUCCUGUAGCUUGUGCCUAUUCAAACCUCCCAGGCUCAGAAGCCCCCUCUUCCCAUCCAGUCACUGGCUGCAAAGGCUGUAGACAAGGACUGUCCUUCUGUAGAGACCUCCUCAAAAGCUGGUCCUGGGCAAGAUAGAGGGGAACUCUGCGUAUGGAAAAAGAAAUGCCCAGACUGUGAAGAGGGAAUUAUGACUCCCCAGAAAAUGCUGGAAGAGUCAUUUGCUGCACCUCCUCCAAUGCUGCAUCUGCAGAGGAAAAGGCUCUGGGCAUUUUUAAGCCACCAGCAUUGCUUAUUCCUUUGUUGUUAUCUCCCUUCCUCACAGAUUGUUGAAAAGAUUUGUCAAGUUGACCCCCCAAAGAACAAAGAAUUGCCCAUAGGUUUCUUCCUUCGAAGAGCCUUCCCUGCUUAAGUGCCUCUUCUGUAAAUACUUAGCUCUGUCCCUCUUUUCAGAACAGCCAGAGGAAAAGCUGAGGAGAAGGGGAGGGCAGCUGUUCACUUUGGAGAGCUGACCCCUGUUUCAUUGUUCCUGUGCAUUCACCACGCUGCUGCAUCCAAGGCUUGACUCUGAAUGCUGCACGCUCCCUGUGUGUCUGUGCUGCCAUUCCCCAGCAGCCACUGCCCAAGUGCAUCCUGCAGAGCUGCCCCUCGGUGCAGCCCCAGCCCUCCCAGGGAUCCCACCAGCUGGUUCUCCUGCCAGGAGCUGCAGGGGCUGGCACAGGUCAUGGUUUGUUUGUUGCUGUGGUUGUUUGCCAGAGCUGUGUCUAAAUUCAGGGAAAAUAAAUGA